GAUCUUUCUGCAAUGCUGCUAUAUAUCUGUUAACAUGGCACUUUCAGGUCAAAUUGUCUGGCAAAGUUUAUCGUCCACUCCAGAUUUUAGGAGUCGCCAAAGCAUUCCGCUAUUGAAAACUCCGAAUGCAAAAAUCACCAAACUAAAUGAACAAAAACUCAAAAUAGGAAGUAUCAGGAGCAGACAAAGGUCCUUGAUCGCGCGUUCAAUGGUCAGUCCUGAAAUUGGCAAACGUUCACUUUCACCAUCCAACACAAUCGAAACAUUCUACGCCAGCAUAAAUAACAAGGACCUGAACCAACUGUCCUUGCUCAUAUCUGAAGAUUGUUUCUUUGAUGAUUUCUCAUUCCCUCAAUCAUUUCAAGGGAGAAAGGAGGCUUUAAAGUUUCUGGAGCAACUAACCACAAGCAUGGGCCAAAACACAGAGUUAAGCAUAGACAACAUUUAUGAAGGUGUUGAUCUGACAGCAAUAGUUAACUGGCAUUUAGAGUGGAAGAGGAAGGAAGUUCCCUUCACAAGAGGUUGCAGCUACUAUGAAUUAUCAAGAGAUGGAGAACAAAUACUCAUUAAGAAUGCUCAAGUCAUUACUGAAUCAUCUAUGAAACCAAAAAUUUUGGCAUUGUUCAAUAUGGUUGCUGCAAUGAAGUUACCAGGUUCAAAAAAAGAUAUGGUAACUUCAAUUUAUGAUAACUUGCCUGAGACCGCUGCGAGGUUUGUAAACAAUGACCAAGUUAAAUAUCAACUGUUACUAAAUACUUUCAAGGUUGUUCUGCAACCAUAUAUAAGUUCAAUUCUGGCAUGGUACAAAAAGUUGUGGACCUUCAUUGUCACCUUUGUUGGAUUGAUAAACAAGUUAGUGCAGUCCAUUAUAAAAAAAAUCAGAGAGCAGAACUAAGUUAGAGAGCAAGUUCAAUAUUAGCCAGCUACUUCAUUUGGAUUUCAAACCAGCAUGAUCAUUUAAUUGCCUUCUUUGGGGCCAUUGUAUUGUAAUUUGUACCACCUGUAUCAACAUUUACAACUUUUUUCUUUCUUGUCAGUAAAAUAAAGUAUAUCAAA